AUGGCAAGUUCAACAAUCAACAAUACUAAUAAUACACCUAAAAGCAAAGUUCCUGGUUCUAUCUCUCAAAAUGAUCGAUUUCUUGAAUAUGAUUCAAAAACAUCGAAUUUGGUCGAUGGAGCAUCAACAGCGAAUACUACCCAUGACUUAGUUCAUUCUCAACAAUUAAUUGCACGUAUGAAUAAACUUCGUAAAGCUGAACAUCUUUGUGAUGUAACACUCAAAGUUGAACAAACCCUUUUCCCUGCUCAUCGUCUUGUCUUAGCAGCUGCUAGUGAUUAUUUUGCUGCUAUGUUUACUGGAGAAAUGGUUGAACGUCACAUGAAUGUCAUUGAAUUAAAAGGUUUCAGUGCUUCUGUAAUGGAAAUUCUUUUAAAUUCAAUCUAUGGUGAACCAGUUAUAGUAACAAAUGAUAAUGUUCAAGAUAUUCUUCCGGCUGCUUCUUUACUUCAAUUAAAUGGAACUGAUAUACAACGACAAUGUGCUCUUUUUCUUGCUAGUCAUCUUGAACCAGCAAAUUGUUUGGGCAUUUAUUGUUUUGCUGAUCUACACAAUUGUUCACAAUUAAAACAAACUGCUCUAUCAUUUAUCUGGACGCAUUUUGCAGCUGUAGUUCAUAGUGAGGAAUUUUUAACAUUAAAAGCAAAUGAAGUUGAAGAUCUUAUACAAUCCGAUGAAAUUGAAGUACCCAAUGAAGAAAUAAUCUAUAAUUGUGUUAUGGCUUGGAUAAAACAUGAUCAAACAUUUCGUCAACAAUAUUUACUCACACUUCUUCAACAUGUUCGAUUACCAUUUCUUAGUGCUCGUUUUAUUACUGACAUUUGUGAUAACGAACUAUUGAUAAGAUCAUCACAUAAAUGUCGUGAUUUACUUGAUGAAGCGAAACGAUAUCAUUUAAGACCAGAUUGUCGAAAAUUAUUGACAGGAACACGAUUUACUAGUCGACGUGACGAUUGUCAAUCAUCAUCAUGUUCACCAACAAAUGAUUGUUUCGAAAAAAUUCCUCAACCGAACAAUAUCACUGCUAUUGAAAGAAAAAGUCGACGAACUGUAAAACUUAAAUGGAAUUCAAAUGAACUGACAAAUAUUGAACCUAUUUUUUAUGUUAUUGAAGCACAAUGGACAUUACCAAAAACGGAUAUUAAUCAAGAAGAUAUUAUUUCAAAAUGGGGUUUUGUUAAAGAAGAAGUUUCACAUACAAAAGCAAUUAUAAGAAAUAUUCAACGAGAUAAUCGUUGGUAUACUUUUCGUGUUGCUACUGUAACACGACAUGGAUAUUCACCUUUUUCAAUAACAACGAAACCUUUUCGUUUAAAUUCACAAAAUGAAUCACAGAAAUCUUUAUCAAUCACAGCAGCACCAAGAAAUUUAUUUAUAAAAGAUUUUCAAUUAAAUUCAAAUACAAUUAAUGUAACACUUAGUUGGCAAAAACCAGAUCUUCCAAUAAAUGGAUAUCAGAUUUCUUGGGAAGCACAGAAUGAUCCAUCUCUACUUGUAAAUACAAUCGAUAUUUCUUCAUCAUUAUAUCCAUUAGAAUUGACUAUUUCAUUUCUGUCUAUGCAUACAUCUUAUAUUUUCAAAAUUCGUUCAUUAUUUAUUUCUGAUGAUGAUGAUGAAAUACAAAUGAGUGUACCAUUAUCAAUAAAAUUUAAUUAUGAAGAUGAAUUAUUGUCAAUAAGAAAUUUUUAUAUAUCGGAACCAUAUUUUAUAAAUGGUUUAAUUAAAACAAAUAUAUCAUGGAAUAAAAUAAAUGAUUAUCGAAUUCAACAAUAUGAUUUACAUUGGAUUGAAACUCAAUGUUCUUCAGAUAUAUUACCAUGUUGUUAUCGACGUGAUGCUGUGACAAUAGACAAUUUUUUUCAAUUAUAUGAUUUACGUUUUAAUUGUACAUAUUUAUUAAAUAUAAAGCCAAUUUUAUCAAAAAUACGAAUUAAAAAAUCUUUUCAAAUUUAUUUUAAUGUUAGUUCUUGUCAAUUAAUUCAAGUUUAUGGAACUAUUCGACCACCAUGUCAAAUAGAUGAAAAUUUAACUAGUUCAUCUCUAUCACCACUUAAUCUUAUUAUCACAAGAAAUGAAUCUGGCAUUCAAUUUUAUUGGCAAGAUAUGCGUUUAUUAGUUCAUGAUGAUAGUGGUAUUAUCUAUCAAUUGCAUAUUGAACAGCUGCCAAGUCAUAUUGAACUUAUUUCUGUUGAUCUUUCACCCACGAUAACAAAUUAUUUUUUACCAUAUUCAAAACAACAAGGUGAUCGAUAUCUUAAUGUAACAUUAACAUUAUUUGAUAAUUUAAUAAUUCAACAACAAAAAUCCAUAAUAAUCGAUGGAUAUCAAAAUUAUAAUAACAAUCAUAUUAAUCGUAAUACUCCAUUGAGUGUUAUAUCAUCAACAACGAAAAUUCAAAUGAAUUAUUUUAUUUUAUUUAUAAUAUUUAUUUCUAUUGAUUUAAUACGACGAUAA